GGGAAUGUCAGACGUACCUGGGAGCCAAGGACAAAUAUAAAAAUGCCCACGAGGUCAGCUCUCCGUAGCACACCAGGCGAGCAUUCGGAUUCAUUUCUGCAGUGGUCUGGUCGUUUUGUCUCAUACUUAUCCUUCCUCUUCUACUACUACUCUACUUCUAUUCGCAAUCUUGAUCAUUUACACUUGGCUAUAGAUCGAUCUACAUUCAUCUAUCACGCCCAUCCACACUCUUUAUUCAUUUAUCUCACUUCAAUUCUCGAUCUCUUCUCCUUUCCACAUACCCUAACAUCAUCACAAUGGCCCGUCUCAGCCUUUCCAUCUUCGUCCUCUGCCUCUUCCUGGCCCUAAUGGUCUCGGCCAUGCCCGUCAAGCGCGAGAACUCCAGCGGUAACGAGCUGGACGGCACUCUCGCCGAACAGGUCGCAGAACAAUCCCUCGAGUCCGCCAGCGAGAUGCUCGACCAAAUAACCGGCAAGGACGACGACGACAAGAAGAAGCCCGCCCCCAGCGGCACCACCGACAGCAAGCCCUCUUCCACUGGCACCACGCACUCAACCGAGUCUCAGACUGCCCCUAAGACCGAGGAGAAGGUGGCAAGCACUGAGCCCUCUUCCACUACCCCUACCUCUACUGAGGAGACCCCCUCAACCUCUAGCUCUGCCCCCUCGACCGCCUCCUCCCACGUCGUGAAUGACAACCCGCUCUCGAAGAUCCCUCUCGUGGGUGACUUGUUGAGCGGUGGUGGGUCUGGCUCUCUUACUGGAGGACUGUUGGGUUAAGUCAUUCACCCUCUGAGCAUGGGAGAGUAGUGUGCUGUCGUUGUCGCUUUCAUGUAUGUUUGUUUCUAUAUGCAUACAUGCAUGUGAGAUGGCAAUUUGAUAUUUAGACGGAAAGAAAAGGAAAGAAAAGGAAAGAAAAAGAUCUUUGGGAUGGACUUAACUGCGUUGAGCUCGUC